AUGGGCAAGCCUCAGCUCCUUGCCAGCAGCCAGGUGCUGGCACGGACAGACGCACACCCCAUGGAAUUCCCUGGGCUGCUAUGGACUUGCGGCCUCCGACCCAUGGUGUCUGACUACAUACCUCAUGACUAUGGCAUGACACGCAUCGUGGGUGGAGCAGGUGCCAAGCCAGGGGCCUGGCCCUGGAUGGUCAGCAUCCAGCAUCCAUGGCUACCAGACCCAGAGCAUUGGUGUGGAGGGUCCCUCAUCAGCACUCAGUGGGUCCUCACAGCAGCCCACUGCUUCGACGAGAUCAAUAAUGUCAGUACCCUGUAUGUGGUGAUUGGGGCCACCCAGUUGACUCAGCCAGGUCCUGGUGCAGAAGUGCGCCGAAUUAAGAAGCUACUGCGUCAUGAAAAAUAUGAGAGAAGUGAUAUAAGUAACGACAUUGCCUUGCUGGAACUAAAUGAGCCUGUCCAGUGCAGUUCCUACAUCCAGCUGGCCUGUGUGGCUGACCCCAUCCUAAGAGUGUCAGAGCUGCAGAACUGCUGGAUUGCUGGCUGGGGUUCAACCACUGAAGGAGAUGAAAACUCGAGCGAUCACCUCCAGGAGGCCAAAGUCCAGCUCAUCGAUACCAAACUCUGCAACAGCAGCGGCUGGUACGCAGGCAACGUCCACCCCUACAACCUCUGUGCUGGUUACCCACAGGGCACCAUCGACACCUGCCAGGGUGACAGCGGUGGUCCUCUCAUGUGCCAAGACAACAACGCUGACUCCUGGUGGGUCAUUGGAGUGACCAGCUGGGGAAGAGGCUGCGCCAGAGCAAAUCUGCCUGGAGUCUACACCUCCGCUCAGUACUUCUAUGACUGGAUUCUGGCCCAAAUGGGCCUGAGCCCAUUUGGAAGUGCUCCCUGACCAGCA